AUGCUCCGCUCCCUGUCGCUGCGAACGCGCACUCUCCCCACCCGCCGCUCGGCUGCGUCCUGCACUCGUGCACUCGGCUCCAGCGGCGCCUCAGUGCGCUCGGCUGCCAGCAACACUAAGAAGCUGUUCCGGUCGCUGACGAGCGACUCGGACGUGGCCCAGAGCUUCGAGGACUGCGUCACGCGCGUGUUGCAGUGCCACGACCAGCAGAACCGCGUGUUCGUCACGGGCAUUGGCAAGUCCGGAGCUGUGGCUCGGCGUCUGGCGUCCACUCUGUCCUCCAUAUCCAUCAGCAGCCAGUGGAUCCACGGAGGCGAGUGGGUUCAUGGCGAGCUGGGCGGCCUGAAGCGCGGGGACGUGGUCAUUAUGGUGUCUCACAGCGGGCGGACGGCCGAGCUGCUGCCGCUGCCCAAGCUCUUCCAGAAGGCUGGGUGCAAUGUCGUGGCUGUAGUCGGAGACGGGCGCUCUCCGUUGAGCAAAGAGAGCGACGUGGCAGUUGUGGUGCCGGCGGAAGAUGAGGCGGACUGCCCCGUUCCCUCCAGAAGUAUCGUCGUCCAGGCUGGUGGUGACAAGAUUUCCUUGCUUGGGGUGUAG